ACCAAAAUAAAGGGCUAAUUAAAGAUGCUUUAGAGAUUUACUUAAAUCAGAGUUCUAGUUUUUUAUCAGAAUAUAGUAAUCCCGCUUAUCAGGGCAUGGGAGCUACUGAAGAAGACAAAAGAGUUUAUCAAAACCAAAAAGUAAAAAAUAAAAAGAUAGUUGAAGAGUGUAAAGAAUUGUUAAGUAAGUUGGAAGAAUAG